GACCGGACGUAGAUCAAACAAUACCUAAAAGUUGUAAGCAAACAGCCCCGAAAUCCCUCUCGACACGCGACUGUUAUUUUCCCGACUGGGUCGAGAACGGCGAAUCUCCUUGAGAAGAUACCCUAUCACAAUCUCUCUUUCUAGGGUUUGCAGACGGCCGGCAAGAUGUCCGAUCGUGUCGCCGACGACGCCAUCAGCCUCGUUCGGCGGCUCACCAGGAACCUCAAUCGCAAAGUUUCUGACAUCGUCCUCCUUCUCCUUAAUCACAAGAGUGCCGGCUCGUUCGGAGCUGUCGCGGGACUUGCCAUCGCCGUUGUCUUCACAUGGAAGUUCUUGAGAUCGCCUCCGGACCGGGGGCGGCGGCGCACCCCAAAACGCAAUGUUUUGCCAUCUGCAAAUGGCGGCCCGUCCAGUGGAGUCGCGGCAGAGGAUCCUCCUACUGUGCCCAAUUUGAGAGAUUCGGACGGGGUCCAGGAGAACGGCUCUCCUUAUGAGCUUAGUCUUGGACAAAUUGUGAGGAAGAGGCUUGGCGGAUGCCGGAAGGUGACUUGCCAGCUGCUUGGUGUCAUUCUGGAAGAAAAAAAUCCUGAAGAGCUUCAGAAACAUGCUACAGUGAGGCCUUCUGUGGUUGAAGUUCUUCAAGAAAUUACCAAAUGUUGUGAUUUUUAUCUAAUGGAGAGAGUUCUUGAUGAUGAGUCUGAGGAAAGAGUUCUUUCAGCUAUGGAAAAUGCUGGAUUGUUUGGUUCAGGUGGCUUGAAUAGGGAUAAGGUACUCUUUUGCGGCACUGAGAAUGGGAGAAUUUCAUUUGUUAGACAAAUAGAAUCGGACUGGCAUAUCGAUUCAAAUCUUGAUAUAAUCUCCCAACUCACUAGAUUCAUUAGAUGCCAACUUUAUAUCUAUUCGGAUGAUCUUGGACAAAUAGCACCCAAUGUCAUCACAUCCACCAGUUUGGAGCAGUAUCUAUCACAGAUUUCAUGAGAAACAAGAAGACCAGGCCUGCAAAGCAGAUGCAUUCAAGGAAUUUUGUAUACCCGUGCUGUGCCGAGUUCAGCUUUGUGAUUCCUUUAGAGCAAAGCUUGUUUGAGAUUGACGUAAACAUUGUAAAUAAGGAAAAUUUGUCACAAGUUUUCAGCUUUUGUCCAGUGAUGUCCAACUUUCUGGACAAUUGGUAUUGACUCUUUAUUCAUCUAUUAGUGACCUGGAAAAUCCUGUUUGUGCUUGCAGUAAUACUCAGGUUUCGUUCACCAUUUUGGCAUUGGACUAGAGUUUUAAUCUAAAUUAUAAAACCCAGUUGUGUAUUGGUUUCUUUUCAAGUUGAACAAGUUUAAUCCUA